GCAACCUUGCCAAGCCACAUUUGCUCCAUUAAAACAUUGUGGGCGACAAUUUUUGACAGAAUAUAAUAUCCGCCACCCACCUUCCAAAUACUUGCAUUUGAAGUUAUUCCCCUUCCUGAGAGGAAGCAUAAAACUGGUUUAUGUUGCGUGUAGACUGUCGCUGCUACACACAAGCGUGUCGGUCAAUGAAGCAUAACCCAUUCCUGUUCAAUUGCAAUAUCGUACAGUAUGAUUGAACACAGAAAAGUAGUGUAUGGAACUACCCCGGGUUACCCUACCUCACAAGGUGAUUAAAUCAAAAACUUGAAAGUCCAGAGGGCGAGACAAGGAAGCUAUUUGCCUGUUUUUGUAGGCGGCACGGAGUAUAUCAUGGAUCUAUAUGAGAAUAAUUUUAACUCCAAAAAAUAUCAUUAUUUCUAAUAAUGAAUAUCAAAGUAAAAAUAUGUAUCGUUGUACUGGCCAGCUUUGAUUUUAGAAUUAUAUCCGAUUCUGACUGUGAUCCCGGCAAGUUUGGGUUAGAAUGUGAGAAGACUUGUAACUGUGCUACAGACGAGGCUUGUUUUGUUGCUACUGGAGGAUGUCCUUCUGGCUGUAAGGCUGGGUACUAUGGGGAGGCUUGUGAUAAGGCCUGUGAGCCUCACACCUGGGGCAUCAGCUGUAACCAAAGCUGUAAUGACCGUUGUAUAGACAACACCUGUAACAGGUUUAAUGGAGACUGUGAUAAAGGAUGUAAAGACGCUCAUCAGCCGCCGGCUUGUACACAGGCUUGCCAUGAGACGUUUUACGGCAGUAAUUGUUCACAAAGAUGUAGUCCCAACUGUACCGAUAGCCUAUGUCAUCCUGUCAAUGGUCAUUGUUUGUCUUGUAUAGCCGGCAGACAGAGGUUAUUUUGUGACCAACCAUGUGACGUCCACCACUAUGGCGUUGGGUGUGUGUCGAGCUGCCCUUUGACCUGCUUAGAAUCAAUAUGUGACAGUACCACUGGGUUUUGUACCAGGUGUAAUCCAUGUUACACGGGCGAACUUUGUCAAUCUGAACUCAAUUGUUGUGACGGAAGAGCUGAAUGCAUAGGUAUUGGUAUUGGAGUUGGAGUUGUGCUUACAACUAUUGUAGUUCUGAUAAUUACAGCCAUCUUACAUCGUUCGAAAAUGUUGAUAAUAGGCAGAAAUUUGGGACCCUGUCAAAUAAGGGAGGAAACUGUUCCAACAGGCAAGCAACAAACAGGACUAAAUCCAAGAGUAGACAGUAUAGUAAACGUUUUUCAAAAUUUGAAAAUUUGUUUGUUAAUACUUAUAGAUUUAUUCCCAGUGACUGUUCUAGUGAUUGCAAUUCUACUGGUUUGCUUACAACCACCAAAGCAACCUAUCAGUCUACUGCUGGUUGGUAAAACAGGUAGUGGUAAGAGUACAACAGGGAAUACAAUACUUAGAAAAAAAGUUUUUAAAACUGGAGCAAGUUGCACAUCUGUCACAAAAACUAGUGAAAGUAGUUUCUCAGCGUACCAAGGAACGAAAAUAACAGUUGUGGAUACUCCAGGAUUUAUGGAUACUGAAAUGGAUAAUGAAACUUUGGCUGAUAUUCUCCUUCAAUCCAUCAAUGAAAGUCCGACAGGAUUCGAUGCGUUUUUAUUCGUUGUACCCUAUGGUGUUAGAUUUACUGACGAAGAUAAAAAAGUUAUAGAAAACUUUAAGGAAACUUUUGGAGAGGAUGUUAUUAAAAAAAUGUCUAUUAUUGGUGUAACAAGGGGAGACCAAUACAGCCCCGAAGAAACUAAAACAAAAGAUUUUCAAGACUGGUAUAACAAACAGAAAGGUGGAUUCAAAGAUCUGAUUGAUGAAAGUGGUGGGAGAGUUGUUUUAAUCAACAAUAAACUGACCGAUAUAGAUCAGAAUGAUCAAAUAGAGAAACUAAUUGAAAUGGUGAAAAAAAUUAAAGGCCAUUAUAACCAAAAAGACUUUGAUCAAGCUAAAGAAAGAAUUAAAAUCAGAAGAAAAGUUACAGCAGACCUUAAUGACAUUAAACAGCUUUACAAAGGUGAUAAAACAAUAGAAUUGUUAGAAGAUGUUCAGCAUAAAGUGCACGUUCUGAUUAAUUAUGCCAACACAAAAAUCAGGCUGUACCCAACUCUGAAACCUAUAGCUCACCAAUUACAACCUCUGGCUGAAUCUGUACAACGUGAGUUAGAAAGAAAACGUAGACAAGAAGAAGAAGCUAGAAGAAGUGCAGAAAACAGAAACAGAGAAUUGUCCAGAGAAACGGCAGUCACAGCUUCUGGCCCAUCAUUUUUAGAAUUUCUUAUUGGGGCUGCUCUGUUUAUAGGUGGUUUCUUUCUUUUUUUCUAAACAAUAGUAG